AUGUUCAAGCCUUCUCAACCGAUGAUGGCGCGAUUGCGCUUGACCACGAAGCAGGUCAAUGGCGGUUACUACAAGGGAAACCGAACCGGCUCCAUGGGAUAUUUCUCCAAGAAGGGUUCAUACGUGGUUGAUUGGAAAAAGGUCCGCACUUAUGUCGUUCCGGAAAAUCUCGAUCAAUUCAAGCUCACGCCCUUUGUAACGAAAAACAUGGCCCCGACACGAACCAGAUACACAAAUGAGAUCGAGAAGAACAACAGAAUUAUUACGGUCGAGCGGGCAUUCGGUGGCAAGGAUUACCUUGAUAUGUGGGCAUCGGACAAUGGAUAUGAGGUCCUUGAACAGGAACGACUUGAGGAAGAAGCAAAAGAACAGGCAACAACACCUCGCCAAUAG